GGCUCCCUGCAUCGGCAGAUGUACGUGUCACAGCAGCAGCGGCCGCCGCUGACGAUGACGCCCACGCAGCCCCAGCAGCCCCAGCAGCAGGCACCAGCGGCGGGCUGCAGUCCUCCAAACCACAUUGGCCAUGUCCCAUACGAGCCACAGUACUCGAACGAGCCGUCUCUAAGUUCCAUUCCGUCUCCGACCAAAGACGGCCUGGUCCGCCCCACCUCCGAGACCUCCUACCCUUCGUCUACCAGUGGUGAGGGCAGUGGGUGCUUGGAGAACGCUGCGGGGCCGGCGUCUGGGCCCGUACCAGCUUUCCCCGCCGUGCAGGAAGCAAACGGCAGCCUGGCCGCUGCUGCCGCCUCCGCUGGUGUUGGCGGGGGCGGGGGCAAGGGUGUGUGGCGCCGUGUAUGGUUUGCAAGGCCAGGUGACACUGGCACCCGCAUGCUGCCUGGGCUCGCUGCGGGUUGGUCGGAGGCGUACCAGCGGGAUGCGGCUGGCGUCUACAUCACGUUGAAGCCACCGGCACAAAAAGGCGGCCCGGUUCGGCUGGUCAAGGUUCGCUUCAAUCGCAAGAUGUUCACGGAGCAGUCUCAAGGCCAGGCCUGCUGGAACAUGCACAGGGCGACACUGGCGGAGAUGUACGAGCUGACCUUCGACAUGGGGAACAAGUGCUUCUGGCCGAGAGCCUCUGGCGCCGCUGGCGGGGGCGACCUUGCGACGGGUUCAGCGGGGGCCAUGUGGCGUUCUGUCGCGUCAGCGGUAGCUGGCGGCGGCGGUGGCGGUGGUGGCGCCGGCGGCGGCGAUUUCGAUAUGACUUGGACUGAGCUGAACUACGACAGCCAGGCCAUGAUGGUGUUGCCGCCGCCGCCACCUGCUUUGGCGGAGUUUGAGGAGGAGGUGUUGGAAGAGGGGUAUGAUGAGGACGACGAGGAGCCUGAAGACGACGAGGACGGCGACGGGGGGGAGAUGGAGCCGGCCGUGGACGAGUCGUUGAAUUCCGCAGCCGGCAUUGAUAGGCUGGGCUCCGUCAUCUUGUCUGUGGCCCUGCCGCUGGCGGCGCAGGGCUCCCUGCAUCGGCAGAUGUACGUGUCACAGCAGCAGCGGCCGCCGCUGACGAUGACGCCCACGCAGCCCCAGCAGCCCCAGCAGCAGGCACCAGCGGCGGGCUGCAGUCCUCCAAACCACAUUGGCCAUGUCCCAUACGAGCCACAGUACUCGAACGAGCCGUCUCUAAGUUCCAUUCCGUCUCCGACCAAAGACGGCCUGGUCCGCCCCACCUCCGAGACCUCCUACCCUUCGUCUACCAGUGGUGAGGGCAGUGGGUGCUUGGAGAGCGCUGCGGGGCCGGCGUCUGGGCCCGUACCAGCUUUCCCCGCCGUGCAGGAAGCAAACGGCAGCCUGGCCGCUGCUGCCGCCUCCGCUGGUGUUGGCGGGGGCGGGGGCAAGGGUGGGGCCCGGGGCGGGGGGGGGGGCGGGGCCCCGAUCUGGCGGCGGCGAAACGCGUUUGUAGAGUGGGCGAACACGAUGCAUCACGAAAUGGUGGUUGAAGAGCAGCCGCCUGGCGGAAGCAGCGCGAGUGGUGGCGGUGGCGGUGGCAGUGGCAGUGGCAACGGUAGCGGCAGUGGUGUCCCUGGCGGAGGUAUGCCUGGACAUGGCAACACGAUGGCAGGCGGGGCAGGCGGCACAGAGCAGCACGCGUCAUCAUCAUCGGGCUACAAUGUUCCCUUGGCGCUUGCGGCGGACACGCUGCCACCGGAGGGUGUGCAGUUCCAGUAUGCGCCGGGCGUCUACAUCACGUUGAAGCCACCGGCACAAAAAGGCGGCCCGGUUCGGCUGGUCAAGGUUCGCUUCAAUCGCAAGAUGUUCACGGAGCAGUCUCAAGGCCAGGCCUGGUGGAACAUGCACAGGGCGACACUGGCGGAGAUGUACGAGCUGACCUUCGACAUGGGGAACAAG